UUCUUGUCUUCCUUCUUAUUCUUCUUCUUCUUCUUCUUCUUCUUCUUCUUCUUCUUCUUCUUCUUCUUCUUCUUCUUCUUCUCCUCCGGCUAUUGCCUCCUCUUUUUCUUCCAUUCAAUGCUGCUGGAUUAAUUGUUUAUAUAUGUUUAUAAUUACAUUAUUGAUAUAAUUUUAGGUUGAUAUUUUUUCAAUCUCCUCUCUUUUAAUUUUCUCUUUCAUUAUUUCUCUCUAUUUGAUUAAAUAUUAAUUUGUGUUAUUUUAUUUGUUUUCCAGGAAACAUUAAGAGAUAAUCAAUGGGGUUCCUCUUCUGGGACACUGUCAGAAAAUAUAUUUUCAGAUAUCAAUGUUCAUGCUAGUCAUUAGGCCUCUAAUGAUGCUUUAAGUGGAAUGCCUGUUUCCCAAACUGCUGGAAUGAAUGCAAAUCCAAUGUGUCCUUCUGGUGAUAUGCCGUAUACUAUUCCGACUGGUUUAAUGUUGAACCAAGCCUUUUCUCCUCAGCCUAUAAAUUAUGCUGCCACGGGAAAUUUCGUGGCUCAGCAGCAGUUGCUGGCAACAUUACAAUGUCCAACCUCCAACACUUUGCAAACUUGAACACACAAAAUCCUGGUAUCAGUAAUGUUAGUCGAAUUGAUGUAGGAUAUUCAUCACCCCUGUUAAUUUUAAAGAAGAAUGAAAAAAAGUUGAUUCAUUUCUUCAACUUGUAUCACAUCUCUAUAAAGGCAUAUGUGUGUGUGUAUAUAUAUAUAUAUAUAUAACAAGGAACCGGCUUUAGUGUGAAACCAUUGGUGAAAUGGCGGCUUGUACUAGCUGCAUUAAUGAAGUUGUAGACAAUUG